AUGGCCGUGAACUACGUUCGUGUGUGUUAUUUCCAUGAAUCGUACCCUUGUAAAAUAUGUUAUUUAAACUGUAUGAUGGUGAAAGAUUCAGCGACUGUUUUUAAAAAACUCUAUCAAGAAAUAACAGGGAAGGCUUUAACUGGAAAACGUGAUCCAACACGCAGCAUGGAGAAAUGUCUAACGACCAGUAAAUCAAGCAUGUGUGUUCGAUUGGUUGUUCUGGUUGUUAUCCACGGGAAUGACGUCACCACCAAAUUUCUCCAUUUCUUGGAUCUUGUCUUUGGAUUUUUCUUUGUCUUCGUCGGUGCUGAAGACUGUAUCGUCUUUGAUUCCUGUACAGUCCCACACCAUUACACUUCCGUCGUACGACGACGUGAACAGCUUUCCGCCAACAACCUAGAAAAAAACACGAAUCAGUUAUGUCCCUUGUGA